GCGGGCGGGAGUGAGCCCUGGCCCUACCCCUUCACUUUCCACAUUUGUCUUGGGACCCAGGAGGCCUGGGCUGCCUCCCCGCCAGGUUUCCAGAGGCCUAAAGCCCCUGUCAGCAGCACCCUCCCCCUCUACUCCAGCUGCACUUGGCUGCCUCUGGGAAUGCCUGGGCUGACAGGUUAAUUCCUGGAAAAUUCCUGACAUUCCCAAUGGGAGGCCAGCCUGCCGCCCCCACCCUCCCACCUGGCCCUUUCAGCCUUGCAGGGCAGAGCCAGGGAGCAGGGGUGGCUGGGGCAUCUUUUCGUUGGUCCUCCUAAUAGCCCAGAUCCCAUGCUCCACCUGUACUCACGCAGUGGAUAAGCUCGUGGUAGAGGGAAGCCAGACCCGGGCGUUUCUCUCCCGAGGCUGACCCUGGCUAAGGAGGGAGAUGGGAGACCCGGGUGGCUACUAGCAGUCCUGAUCCGAGCCCACAGGCUUGGCUCCCGGUGGUUGGGGGUGGGGGCUCUUUGAGCCCAGCCCUGGGCUGGGCCUUCCAUUACAAGGGGAUUCUCCUGGUGGGCCAAGUCUGCUCCCUGGGUCACAGAGAUGGGGUCUGGGGCCAUUCCUCAGCAUUCCAGAGGGAAGCAGGGUCUGCCCCACCCCACUCAGACUGGGCCGCCAAACUGCAAAAAGUGGGGGAGUCUCCCUUUAAAGGUGGCUCCUAGGGCUAGAGGGAGGGAACAGCUGUCUGCUUGCAGCUCAGCUCAUCGGUUUGGGGGCAAUGGAAACAGAUGGGGAAUUUCCAUUGACUGGUGGUUCCAAGUCUUAACCCAUAGCCCAGUGAAGGGGAGGGGGUGAACAUGUCUCCGGUGGGUUGUCCCCACUCCUCCGCCCUUGUCAGACUCGGGGGGAUUAGAUGCUCAUUGCUCAGGGCCAAUGGGGGAGGGGGCGUCUCCCUGUUUACGGCCCAUCCCCGGGCCGGGGGCCAGGCUUGGCGGGCGUUAACGGCGCCGACCCCUGCCCCUCCCUGCUCCCCAAGGGUGGCGGGCAGGGGAUAAAGUCAGGGCGCAGAUGCAUGGGGCUCACAGGACCCACGGCACAGCAUGGACUCCGCCCUGCUCCUGCUUGGAUUCUUGCUCCUCCUGAGUCCCCAGCCUGGGGUUGGAGAGACACCUCCGGCACCAGAUGAGGAUCCUGGGAUCGGGGGGUCCCAGCCCGCGGCCCCCCGAGGUCGGCCGCCCAGAUCCCUAGGCGGGCUGGACCCCGCUUGCCGGCUACGGAGUCUGCCCCUGCAGGUGAAGGAGCUGGGCCUCGGCUACGCCUCGGACGAGACCAUCGUCUUCCGCUACUGUGCGGGCCGCUGCCCCCGGGCCCGUACCCAGCACGCCCUGACCUUGGCCCGGCUGCUGCAAGGCCAGGCCCAGUGGCAUGGGCUGGGGGAGCCCUGCUGCCGCCCGACCCGCUACGAGGAUGUGGCGUUCCUGGACAACCAGCACCAGUGGCACCACCUACCCGAGCUCUCGGCUGGCGGCUGCAGCUGUGUGGGCUGAGCCCUGGCUCUCUCCCCCCUGCCGCUGCUUCCCUCCUCUCCUCCUGCCACCCUGGGACUCGCUUCUUUCUGUAGCCACCGGGCCCCCUCUUGGUGUCUGGUUGCUUGGGGUGGGAGGAGGCCCCAUCUCACCUCUGCUCUUUGCCCACCCUAAACCAGGGAGACACUUAUUCUCCCUCUCCCACUCUUCUUGCGCUGGGCUCUCUGAUCCGGGGUGGGGGGCACGCUCUGCUCUAUCCAUUCCUAACUUAUUUAUUUAUUGGGGCUGGUGGAUGGGGAGGCUAGUCAGAGCUGGCUGCCGCUGGGGCAGGACGUGGUUGUCUGUCCUCAUUCCCGCUUCAUAAUAAAGAGGAAACU